ACGGUUGUCAAGGCAAGUUUGGAGAAGGCGGAACAGCAUCUGGAGCAGGGCGGUUUCUUUGCCCGGAGUGUGGGAGGUGGUGGUGGUGGUGGUGGAGAGACAUGGCGGAGGAGCAGAAAGACGACCAGCCGGUCAACAAGUUUGACCUGGAGAAGGAGACAGAGCUGCGGUUCGAGGUGGAGGCGCACGAGACGGUGCAGCUGGAGCUGCUGUCCGGCAUGGCCGAGAUCUUCGCCACCGAGCUGACCCGCAACAAGCGCUUCACCUUCGACGGGGGCUCCAAGGUGGCCGUCUUCACCUGGCACGGCUGCUCGCUGCAGCUGCGGGGCCGCACCGAGGUGGCCUACGUCUCGCGCGAGACCCCCAUGCUGCUCUACCUGAACUGCCACGCCGCCCUGGAGCAGAUGCGGCAGCAGGCCGAGCGCGAGGACGAGCGGGGGCCCCGCGUCAUGGUGGUGGGCCCCACCGACGUGGGCAAGACCACCGUCUGCCGCCUGCUGCUCAACUACGGCGUGCGGCUGGGGCGCCGGCCCACCUUCGUGGAGCUGGACGUGGGCCAGGGCUCCGUCUCCAUCCCCGGCACCAUGGGGGCCCUCUACAUUGAGCGGCCGGCCGACGUGGAGGAGGGCUUCUCCGUCCAGGCGCCGCUGGUCUACCACUUCGGCUCCACCACGCCGGGGACCAACAUCAAGCUCUACAAUAAGAUCACAUCCCGGCUGGCCGAAGUCUUCAACCAGCGGUGCGAGGUGAACCGGCGGGCGGCCACCAGCGGCUGCGUCAUCAACACGUGCGGCUGGGUGAAGGGCUCGGGCUACCAGGCCCUGGUGCACGCGGCCUCGGCCUUCGAGGUGGACGCCGCCAUCGUGCUGGACCAGGAGCGCCUGUACAACGAGCUGAAGCGCGACCUGCCCCACUUCGUCAAGACGGCGCUGCUGCCCAAGUCGGGCGGGGCGGUGGAGCGCUCCAAGGACUUCCGGCGGGAGAGCCGCGAUGAGAAGAUCCGCGAGUACUUCUACGGCUUCCGGGGCAGCUUCUACCCCCACGCCUUUGACGUGCGCUUCUCCGACGUCAGGAUCUUCAAGGUGGGAGCCCCCACCAUCCCCGACUCCUGCCUGCCCCUGGGCAUGUCCCAGGAGGACAACCAGCUGAAGCUGGUGCCGGUGCAGCCGGGCCGGGACUUGGUGCACCACCUGCUGAGCGUCAGCACGGCCGACUCGCCCGAGGAGAACCUGAUCGAGACCAGCGUGGCCGGCUUCAUCGUGGUGACCAGCGUGGACGUGGAGCGCCAGCUCUUCACCGUCCUGUCGCCGGCCCCCCGGCCCCUCCCCAAGAGCAUCCUGCUCAUCAUGGACAUCCGCUUCAUGGACCUCAAGUAGGGCUGGAG